UCCACACUUUGCGCAAACAGCUGCUAGCAAGCAAUCGCGUCGGCAAAUUGUCACGAACAGCUGACCGAUAAUCAACAAUUUUGGGGAACCGACCACGACAUAAACAUCUUACAUAAAUCUGGAUAUUUAACAACUAAGAUUUGGACCUGACGGCACAUUGUACAACCUUUUUUUUUUUAAAAAAAAGGACACCGCCACACUCUUUAAGACAAGGGUAAGCGCCUCAAGAUUUGACAAAACUGGACUCGGACGUCAGCUAGCUACCGUUGCCAAAUACAGCUACGUAAAAUAUGUAUUUACACGCCGUUUGAACGUAUGGCGCUAGGUUAUUCUUAACGGAUCGUAGCUGCGUGUGUCCGUGGGCGGGGGCGGGAUGUACGGUGCAGUUUACGUUGUGUCCACGGUGACCGGCUACGUCCUCGCCUCCGCGCUGCUGCUCAAAUGUCCGACGCUGCUGCACCGCAAGAAGAGGGAGAGGUUCCGCAGCAAACAUAUUUCUCAUCGUGGAGGAGCAGCAGAGAACCUUGAGAACACGAUGGCGGCUUUCAAACACGCCGUGGCUCUGGGCACCGACAUGCUGGAGCUCGACUGCCACCUGACGAAGGACGAGCAGGUCGUGGUGUCGCAUGACCCGCAUCUCCAGCGAGCAACCGGCAUGAACGCGUACAUCUCCGACAUGGCGUAUGCGGAGUUGCCGCCAUACCUGUGCAAAUUGGCUGUAACCUUCCAAAGGGAGUGUUUUUGCGAGGCGGGAGAGGACAAACGCAUUCCUCUGCUCAAGGAUGUUUUCGAAGCGUUUCCCGGCACUCCUAUCAACAUCGACAUCAAGGUCAACGACGACACGCUCAUCAAGAAGGUGUCGGAGCUGGUCGUAAAAUACGACCGCGAGCACCUGACGGUGUGGGGCAACGCCAGCAACCAGAUCGUCAGGAAAUGUUACAAAGAGAACCCUCGCAUUCCUGUGUUGUUUAGCUUUCCCAGAGUGUUGCAGUUGUUGGGCCUCUUCUAUACCGGACUCCUCCCUUUUGUUCCCUUAAAGGAACAGUUCUUAGAGAUCCCAAUGCCCAACAUUGUUAACAAGCUUUACGAUCCAAACAGACUAACCACGAGUCAACGUCUCGCCGCCUGGCUUGCUGACAGCUUACUGAUGAGGAAAGCUCUCUUCCAGCAUCUGACCGCGAGGGGAAUUCAGGUGUACAUUUGGGUGCUGAACGAUGAAGAAGACUUCCAAAGGGCAUUUGAUUUGGGAGCGACAGGCGUUAUGACGGAUUUCCCCACCAGGCUUAAAGACUUUUUGGACCGGAACGGCCUUUCCAAGCCUGACUGACCCCCACCCUACUAAACCCACCUCAGCUUCCCCCAUAAUUGAAAUAAUUGUUUUUCAUUAUUACAAUUUUUUUUUUGUCCCCACUACCAAAUAACAUGGAACCCCGCCCCCCAAAAAGAAAUUUUGAUUUUUUUUUUUUUCCAUUUUCUACUAUCAGAAACUUGAUCAUAGUACUUGAAUGUAUUUUGUGACAUUUGUCAUAAUCCUGCACUACUUCUUAAAUAUUUAAUAUUGCAUGUAAACACUAGAAGAUGAACCUGCCAAUCACAUUUUACCUCAUAUGUCUUAUUUCAUGCUGGAUCGUCUUUAUUUGGUUCAUUUUUAAAAAUUGUCUUCACACUGAUAGCAAUAUUUGUCUGAAUACAUAUGUUUUAAAAUCGAUAAGCCAUUUGCAUUAGCAAGACUAUUUUUGUUUUUUUAAUGAGUUUCUCUUACUUUUCACGUUUAAAAAGAUAUGAACAUUUUGUCGUUUAGACACAACAAAGAGUUUGAGACGUGAUUAUUAACUUUUGCAAAUAACAAACAUAAUGAUUAUCAAAUUACUGUACUGAUAUUCUCCAAUCCAGAUGUGUGACCGAGAAUCUUGUGGAAUUAUUGAAUGUAGUAUUGGAUGAAUUUUUGUAAUUUGCUGUUUUUUUGUGUGUGUGAGUUUAUCUAGCACUUUGCAGUUAUGAUUAUUUGUUGUUUUUGUGAGUUGUCAUCAUUGAGCACUUUUUUUUUUUUCAAUGUAUAAUCUUCACACAAAUGAUAAGAGCUUUGUGGUAUCCAACCUAUUUUAUUGAAAUAAUAAAAU